AUGGACACCGACACAGAUCCUGUUCCCACAGCUAGCGACUCAGCGGCGAAUAAAGACGACUCGGAAACCUUCACCCAGGUUAAAUCCAAAAAGACUCAGAAACGAAAACGUGAACAAGAUGGAGCAGGUAUGGACACAGAGUCGGUGGCAACGAAGCGGCCACAGUUUCCACCAAUUUCGGGCGACAAACUGAAGGGAUCUGAUGAAAUGCGCAAGGUCCCUGUCCCAGCUCACAGAUACACGCCGCUGAAAGAAAACUGGCUAAAGAUUUUCACACCCAUUGUGGAGAAUCUACAUCUUCAAGUCAGAUUCAAUCUAAAAACUAGAAAUGUCGAACUCAAAACGUGCAAAGAAACAAAGGACAUUGCCUCGCUCACAAAAGCAGCAGAUUUUGUUAAAGCGUUUGUUCUAGGAUUCCAGGUUGAAGACGCCCUGGCUCUCAUCAGAUUAGAUGAGCUUUUCCUGGAAACCUUUGAUAUCACUGAUGUAAAACUUCUGAAAGGAGACCACUUAUCGAGAGCCAUUGGAAGAAUAGCAGGAAAGGGAGGAAAAACUAAAUUCACCAUUGAAAACGUCACAAAGACUCGCAUUGUACUUGCAGACACGAAAGUUCACAUAUUGGGGUCUUUCCAGAAUAUCAAGAUGGCCCGGACAGCAAUAUGUAACCUAAUCCUGGGAAGCCCACCUUCAAAGGUCUAUGGCAACAUCAGGGUGGUGGCCAGCAGGGCUGCAGAGAGAUUCUGAAGCCUAACAGGACAGGUGGUCGUGGAUUUCUCUUCCCCCAGUUUGUGGAGUUCCCAUUUUGAUGGGUAACUUUUGAACCAAAAUCUUUAUUGUUACCAAACUUGGAAGGAAUUACACCUAGAAAGAAGGAAUCAUGGAAGUAUGUUUGUGUAAAUAAAAAUAAUCUAAAUUA